UGCAAAUCAAAUUCGCGUUGUUAGAAACUGUUUCGCAUAAAAUCCGUAAGUUAUUUUUUACUUUUUAUCAACAAAACAACGAUAAACACCUCGUCAACUCGCCGAGUUUUGAACUUUGGACUCCCUUCGCACGGCAUUGAAUUCUGUGCUGCGUUGCCACGUUCAGCCUGAAGUAUUGGAAGGUAUUUGAGAUGGCUGGUGGAUCUAUAAAGAAAUGUGAUGCUUGCAAGAAUAAUAUCUCAAAAUCAGUUCUCAGGCUUCAUUGUGGCGUUUGUAAACGCUUCUUUCAUCUUGAGUGUGAGAAAGUUAGCGAGGUCGAUGCAAGGCUUAUGGCAGCUGAAAAAAGAGCAUGGAAAUGCGGCUCCUGCAGAACACCGUUGGCCUCUCCUCUAUCAAUACUGUCAGGUGUUGCUGGUAGGAGGUCUAUCCUCAUGUCACAACCGAUUAACGAUCAAUCUGAUGUCAUUACGGAGCUCAAAUCUCUUACUAGACAGCUGCAAGACGAGAACAAAGAAUUAAUCAGAUCUUUUGAUUUCUUGAGUAGCCAGUGGGAAGAGGAAAGGAAAAGGUCCAAGGUAUUGGAAGAGAUGGUUGGAGAUUUAUCCAAGGAGAACCAAAUGCUUAGGAAAGAUGUUGAUGGAUUGAAACUUACUCUUAACAAAGAGGAAUCUAAAAGAAUUUUCGUCGAUGAGGAGCUGACCAAGGAAACGUACCAGUUAUUCAAACACUGAAGGCAACUUAAGGGUGUUGGCUACAAAUAUGUGUGGCAUCGAGAGGGGAAGAUUCUAGCUCGCAAGAAUGAUGGCUCUGAUAUUAUUUUCAUCCGGAAUGUUAAUCAAGUAAAUGACCUACUUAAGUAGCCUUUUAUCUCAUUUGCUUUGAUUGUUUUUUUAUAUAUAUUUUCCACUUGUUGCUUGAUUUUUAUACUUUAUCAUGGCUAGUACGAAUCUUGAAAAUAAUUUAAGGAUAGGACAUAUUAAUGUACGAUCACUGAUACCAAGUUUGAACGAAAUUAAGUCUUCGAUAGAUAAUUUGAAGUUGGACAUAGUAGGAGUAACUGAAUCAUGGUUAA